AUGAGGGUCUGUAGCCUACUGGGAUCCUAUAUUUUGGGUCAUGAUACAGCUGGGAGAGUCCUAAUAUAUGUAUUUGGGUCACAGCAUUCCCUCGCCCUACCCCUCCACCACCCCUGUCAUAUGACACCCAACCCGUGACGCACUACGCCAGUACUUUCCAACACAAAACUGGGCGUCUGGCUGAACUAGUUUAACCUCUGAGGAAUGUGUUUGUGCAAGUCUGCUGUACUUUGCCCUGCCCCAUUGCUUGGAGUGAUUAUGGACUGCCUCAAAGUGUUCCAGUAAAAACAAUCUUUCAAGCAGGGCAUAGUCCUCGCUGAUUACUGCGGAAGCUGACUCUAUUAUCACAUGAAAUAGAAGUGUCUGUGGCUCGGGGCAAGAAACUUGAGCAGGGUCAUUGGAGCUGUUUUUUCAGGCGGGACAUUCAGUUCCACGUCAGCAGUUUUCACAAUAAACGCAUCACCAGUUUCAUCAUCAGCCGUCAUCAGACACCUGAUCCUUCACUUGUUCACAUCGACGUGACUGAAGUAAGGCCUCUCAUCCCAGAAUAGUCCUAUAUGAACAUAUGUGUCCAUCGUGAUGGUUUGUUGUUGUUCUCUGUACCCACAGGAUGGAUCUCGUGAAACACACGGGCGGCUGCCACUGUGGGGCUGUUAGAUUUGAAGUCUUGAGUUCCCCAGACCUCCAUGUUUUCCAUUGCAACUGCAGCAUUUGCCAAAAGAAACAAAACCAUCAUUUCAUUGUUCCAAAAAAUCUCUUCACACUCUUAAAGGGGUCCGAUAAUCUGACCACAUACACGUUUAACACUCACGUUGCCAAGCACACCUUCUGUAAAACCUGUGGAGUUCAAAGUUUCUACACUCCACGCUCCAACCCUGAUGGAUAUGGCGUUGCUCCGCACUGUCUGGAUCCGGGUACCGUCCGCAGCAUCACAGUGGAGACGUUUUGUGGUGAGAAGUGGGAAGAAAGCGUGCAGGCUCACAAGAGCAUCAGAGACAUGUCCAAAAACACAGCUGAGAGCGAAACUAAAUAACACCACCGUGAUGUAAGAAUACAUUUUAUUAUUCAGCAGUCUAACAGAAAUGCUGUACAGUAUUUUCAACAUAUGAGAUGAAAAAAAAGCUCAACUCAUUCAAACCCUAGUGUUGUUUGUUUUACAGUGUAAAGACAAUAAAGACGCUUUUGAAGCAACAAACGAAAAUGUCAGCUUUGUUUUCGGAAAAUGCUUAUGAAAAAAUGUUCAGGCUACUUUUAGCCAAUGAAAAAGAUCUUUAUUAACAGUGAGCAAAACAGCUCAUCAUGUAAACUAAACUCGCUCCUACCACAGUAAUCAGGGAGUUAGGCAGCAGGACACCUACAGUAACACAGUGACAACUUAAUACACCUUCAGGUUCUUUGGUCCUUGUGGGAUCAUUUGGAAUGUGUUGACGAACAUGUACCGCGAGAAGGUGAUGUAGAGGUAACGAAACCACAGGAGUUGAGAGCGGUGACAAAACAUGGCAUCCUGAAAAGAAAAGGUUUGUCUGAUGUUAGUUAAACCCAGUUAUUGCGAGAUCCUAAGUAACAGCAGAUAGUGGUCAAAAUCUAUCCACUGCUUAGUGUAAAUGUAUUUAUACCUUCAUAUAAAAAUAUUAGCUUGAUGACACAUAUCCUCAACUGCAGCGUAGUCGCUCACAUUUACAAACUUUAUCUCUUCUCCUGCCUCUUCAGCACAUAUACUGCAUGAAGCCUCGUUAAAAUAGACGGGGACCUUGUCUUGCCAACAAACUGUCCUUUUGGAGGCUUACUUUGGCCCGCCUGUAGCCCUGUGAGCCGAUAAUACAGCGGAGGCACGAGGGCAGCAGCCAGCUG